AUGGAAAACCGAACAAGAGUCAGUGAAUUCUUGCUGAAUAUAUUCCCAGAUACUCCAGAACUGAAGAUACUUCACAUCAUGGUUUUUCUCAUACUGUAUGUGGUGGCCUUCACAGAGAACUUUCUCAUCAUCACAGUCAUCAUCUAUAGCCAUCAGCUCCAUAAGCCCAUGUACUUCUUUCUGGCCAACCUCUCAUUCCAAGACCUUGGCUCUAUAUCUGUCACAGUCCCCAAAUCUGUGGCCAACUCCUUGAUGGGCACCCAAGCCAUCUCUUACUCUGGUUGCUCUUGCCAAGUUUUCUUCCUUGUCUUCUUCAUGAUAUCCCACUUCUUCCUCCUUAGUGUCAUGGCUUAUGAUCGCUACGUUGCCAUCUGUAAUCCACUGCAUUAUGAGAGUGUGAUGAACAAGAGAACCUGCAUCCAACUGGCAACCAGUGCAUGGAUUUGUGGCCUUUUUUAUGCAACACUUUAUACUGGAAAUGCAUUCUCAGUGUGGUUCUGUUCCAGUGUAGUCAACCAGUUCUUUUGUGAGAUCCCACAACUCCUUAAGAUCUCUUGCUCAGAGCCCUAUUUUCCUGAAGUUGGAGUGAUGGUACUUGGUGCUUGUUUAGGUUUCAUUUUGUUUGUGCUAAUUCCUUUUUCUUACAUUCAGAUCUUCAGAACAGUGAUAAGAAUCCCAUCUACACAAGGGAGACAGAAAGCCUUUUCAACAUGCUUGCCGCAUCUUGUUGUCAUCUCCUUGUUUGUGGUGAGUGGUUUCUUUGCCUAUUUGAAACCUACCUCCACUUCUGCAUCGGUAUUAGACCUCUUGGUGUCUAUACUGUACUGCAUAGUUCCACCAGUGAUGAACCCAGUAAUUUAUAGCAUGAGGAACAAAGAGCUCAAAAUGGCAUUGUUUAAGCUGGUUGUCAACAUUUUGUCUAAAAUGUAG